GUUGUAACUUGGUACCCAGCCAUGGCGAGUCGUCGCCUCCUCUUUGCCGUGCAGCUCCUCGUACUGAUCGCCGCAGUGGCCGGCACACGGUGGCAGGACUUCCUCCGCCUGCCGUCGGAGUCGGAGUCGGUGGGGACCAGGUGGGCCGUCCUCAUCGCCGGCUCCAAUGGCUACUACAACUACCGUCAUCAGGCGGACGUGUGCCACGCGUACCAGGUCUUGAAGAAGGGCGGGCUCAAGGACGAGAACAUCGUCGUCUUCAUGUACGACGACAUCGCCGACAGCCCCGACAACCCCAGGCCGGGCGUCAUCAUCAACCACCCAUCCGGCGGAGACGUGUACGCGGGGGUCCCCAAGGACUACACGGGCAAGGACGUGAACGCCAACAACUUCCUCGCCGCCUUGCUGGGCAACAGGUCCGCCGUCACCGGCGGCGGCAGCGGCAAGGUGGUCGCCAGCGGGCCGGCCGACCACGUCUUCGUCUACUACAGCGACCACGGCGGGCCUGGGGUGCUCGGGAUGCCGUCGUCGGACGACUACCUGUACGCCAAGGACCUGGUGGACGCUCUCAGGAAGAAGCACGCCGCGGGGGGCUACCGGAGCCUGGUGUUCUACCUGGAGGCGUGCGAGUCCGGGAGCAUCUUCGAGGGGCUCCUGCCGCCCGACAUCGCCGUGUACGCCACCACGGCGGCGAACGCGGAGGAGAGCAGCUGGGGCACCUACUGCCCCGGCGACGACCCGGGCCCGCCGCCCGAGUUCGACACCUGCCUCGGGGACCUCUACAGCGUCGCGUGGAUGGAGGACAGCGACGCGCGCCGCGACCGCCGCGCCGAGACGCUGAGGCAGCAGUACCUGGCGGUGAAGGACCGGACGUCGGCGCACGGCACCUACAGCCUCGGCUCCCACGCCAUGGAGUACGGCGACGUGCAGGGCCUCGGCGCGCAGAGCCUGUACACGUUCAUGGGCAGCGACGACGCCACCGCCGCGAGCUUAUCCGGCCGUGGCCGUGGGCAGCCAGCCGUGAGCCAGCGCGACGCUGACCUCGUCUACUUCUGGCGGAGGUACCGCAGGGCGGCGGAGAGGACGCCCGAGAAGGCCGAGGCCCGGACGCGGCUGCUGCGGGCGGUGUCCCGCCGGUCCCGCGUCGACAGCAUCAUGGAGCUCAUCGGAGGCCUCCUGUUCGGCUCGGAGGGAGGUCCCAGGGUGCUCGGUGCCGUGCGGCCGGCGGGACAGCCCCUGGCCGACGACUGGGACUGCCUCAAGUCCUUGGUGCGUGCGUACGAGCGCAGCUGCGGGCCGCUCGGGCAGUACGGGAUGAAGCACAUGCGUGGCUUCGCCAACAUCUGCAAUGCCGGCGUCGGGGAGGACGGCAUGGCCAAGGUGGCGUCCGAGGCCUGCGCCGCCGUCGCCCGUUCUGACGACUGAACAACCCGUCGCCUUGUCUUUGUAAAAUUGUCUUUGUAAAAUUGUUGCUAUUUUUUUUGUAAAGAAGAGACUGAACUGUAACAGCAAACAUCAGGCUAACAAAACAGGUGUCGUGGAUAAGAUCUC